AUGAGUGGAACUCAAAAGUUAUCCUCAGUUAAAAGUACUAUAGGUAUUUUGAGAUAUUGUCAUCAUAGUGCCAGUACCAAUAAAUCUAAUCUUGCUCUUUUUGCAAAAAUUAAUGAAUUAGCAUCUGCUGGAAAAUGGGAUAAUAUUAAUAAUAAACCUAAAAUACUUCUUUUUGGAAAUGAGAGAAAAGAAGCUGAAGCGGCAUUUGAAAAAUUAAAUAGUCAAAGUAAAUCUAUCCUUGAUAAAAAGGCAUAUGGUAAACAAAUUAAGUUUGUUAUGCAAUUUGUAAAGUUUGCCGUAGGAGUCUUUGUAAUAUGUAAAUCUUAUGAAUUGAUCGUUCCAGAAAAAUACAGAUUAAAAAUAAAAUAUGCUGAAAAACAUCAUGAUGAACAUCAUUAG